AUGGCAUGGUUCAUUGCCUUGAUGGCAUCCUUCCUCGGGAUGUCGACGUUGAGUGGCGGACUGUUGCGUGCUUCGCCGAAUGCUUCCAAUGGCCUCACCCGAGAUCCGGUCGUCAUCGGCAACCUACUUGCCGACCACUUCGCGUCGCUAUCCGCCAUCGACCGCUACGACAGUGACUUCCUUCACCGGAACAACGCGACGAAACGGUCCAUCGCCACCAUCAAAAUCCCGGAAGACGAUCCUCCACUUCCCAUCAACGCCCCAUUCAGCCUCGCCGAGCUCGAUCUCGCCCUGAGUCGGAGUAAGGGGAAAUCCGCCGGCCCAGACGACAUUGGAUAUCCGAUGCUUCGUCAUCUCCCGCCCCGGACUAAAACCGCGUUCCUCGACAUCCUGAACGGACAUUGGACGGGCAAUACAAUACCGGACUCGUGGACGCACAGCCUGGUAGUCCCCAUACCUAAGCAAGGCCAAGAAACCACGAACACCAGCAAUUACCGCCCAAUCUCGCUGACAUGCUGCCCCUGCAAAAUCUUAGAACGGAUGGUAAACCGCCGACUAAUGCGCCACCUGGAGGACAACAACUUGAUCGACCAUCGUCAGCACGCUUUCCGCCCCGGCCACGGCACUGGAACAUAUUUCGCCGACAUUGGAGACGCCCUACAGGAGGCGACGAAAGACGGCAUGCACGCUGACAUCGUGUCCCUGGACCUCUCCAAGGCCUACAACCGUGCAUGGACUCCCCGGGUUAUCCAACAGCUAGCAGACUGGGGCCUGGGAGGGCACCUGCUGCACUUCAUUCGGAAUUUCCUAAAUGGUAGGACCUUCCAGGUUAUGAUCGGAAACCAGCGUUCGUGCAUCAAAGAGGAAGAGACUGGUGUCCCCCAGGGCUCCGUCCUCGCGGUCACCCUGUUUGUCAUUGCCAUGAACGAUAUAUUUCGAUCCUUCGGGAAAGGAGUAUACGUUUACGUAUAUGCAGACGACAUCGUUCUCCUGGUUAUUGGCAGCUCCAUAAAGAAUAUCCGCAAAAAGUUGCAAGCAGCAGUCUUGGCCGCCACCAGGUGGGCAAACCGUUCCGGGUUCACCCUGUCCGCCGAGAAGAGUGUGUUAUCACACAUUUGCAGAUCCAGGCACAAUCCUCUGCCAACAGCCGUCACCUCCAACGGAGUCCCGAUCCCUGCCAGGAAAACCAUAAAGGUCAUUGGUGUUCGCUUAGACAGGUCUCUAACCUUUAGGGACCACUUCGCUGACAUCAAAGCCAACUGCGGUACCCGGCUCAACAUCCUGCGUUCGCUCUCCAAGCCACACAAGAACACCAACCGGGACGUCCUAUUGCGGGCAGCCGUAGCGACGGUUAACAGCCGCAUAUUCUACGGCAUCGAAGCUUUUGUGACAGCCACCGAUCUCCUGAAUCGCAGCCUAGGUCCUACCUACAACUCGGCCACCCGAAUCGUCGCCGGACUACUUCCUUCGACACCGGCCGACGCGGCAUGUAUAGAGAUUGGAGUACUCCCCUUCCGGUACAAGGUCGCCGAAACAGUCUGCUGCAGAGUAGUCUGCCACGAGGAAAAGACAGCCGGUGAUACCGAGGUCUCCCUCCUCAGGGAGGGGAGGAGAACCCUCAGCUCUCUCGCCCAUCGAGACCUCCCUCCAGUAUCCAGAGUGCACUGGAACGGAGCAAGGGUAUGGGACGCUCCAAUCCUAAAUGUCGAUACGUCAAUCGGGAAAAAAUUCAAGGCAGGAACCAACUCCGCAGCCCUACACGCGCAUGUCGCAGAAAUGCUGGCCCGGAAAUACGGGAAUCACCAACACCGAUACACCGACGGUUCCAAGGCGCCUACGGGAGUAGGCUUCGGGGUUGCCGACGCCGAAUGCAGUACGUUCUACCGCCUCGCAGAUGAAUGCUCUGUCUAUUCGGCAGAAGCAGCCGCCAUUUACCACGCCAUCUCCACCCCUGCAGACAAACCACUCUGUAUUCUCUCGGACUCCGCUAGUGUCCUAGCCGCCCUCAGGUCUCCAACCUCGAGGCACCCGUGGAUCCAGGGUAUCCAAAAGCAGGCUCCUAGGGGCUCGGCUUUCGUAUGGAUCCCGGGGCACUGUGGCAUAAGGGGCAACGCGGAGGCUGACCACCUCGCAGCUUCAGGCCGACACGGAAGACUGUAUACGAAAAAAGUACCUGGCCCAGAUUUGAAGAAGUACGUCCGACAGACCAUCCGCACCGCCUGGUCCCGGGAAUGGGCCAAUAACCGGUCACUUUUUAUCAGAAAGAUAAAAGGGGAAACCCACAAGUGGGCAGAUACUCCCAACUGGCGCGACCAGCGCACCCUUUCUCGCCUGCGUACCGGACACACCCUCUCCACCCACAACAUGGGAGGCGGGGGCCCUUUUAGAAAAUCAUGCGACUCAUGCGGCAUCACCAACAUGGUGGAGCACAUAGUCAUUAACUGCCCAUGCUAUCAAGGACCCAGGGAGCUCUACGGAAUCCAAGGGAGCAUAAGAAACGCCCUUUCCAACGACCCAUCAGCAGAAGCGGCAUUAUUAUGCUUUCUCAAGGAUUCCGAACUAUACUCGGUCAUCUAG